AUGGUUGAAUGUCCGAUCUGCACCAAGGAAGUUGAUCCGAGAGAUAUCAAUGAACAUAUCGAUUCGGCCUGUAAUAAUUUUAAAGAACUGGAUACGCCUUCACUCCCCGAACCCAAUUGCACCUCGUCCAAAAAAGCCAGUGUUUCAGCCUUCUUCCAACCAUCGACAAAGCGGAAAGCUCCAGCCGCUACGCCCAAGCAAAAACCUCUGAGCCAACCUUUGAAACCCCUUUCAAGGUCUCAAGGAAAUGUCACACCGACCGCCACUCCGCAGAAGAGGUUAUUCGAAGACAUCGAUGGGGUCGUAGAACCAAAUAGAUGUUUAGGACCAGCCGAGCCCUCAGUGAACCCGGAACCUAUAAAAAAGAGUCGACUAGGCUCUUCCCUAAAAUUUGCACCUUUGGCGGAAAGGAUGCGCCCAACAUGUCUAGAUGAUGUCUUCGGCCAAGAUCUCGUAGGUCCCAAUGGAAUCUUGCGUGGACUAAUUGACCAAGACCGUGUGCCGUCGAUGAUUCUCUGGGGUGGCUCGGGCACGGGUAAAACGACUAUCGCACGCUGUUUGGCAGAUCGUGUAGGCAGUAGAUUUGUGGAAAUAAAUAGCACAAGCUCUGGCGUUGCAGAGUGCAAGAAAAUCUUUGCAGAGGCUCGCGGAGAGCUUAGCCUAAGCGGACGAAAGACCAUCAUCUUCUGCGAUGAAAUUCAUCGGUUUUCCAAAUCCCAACAAGAUGUCUUCCUAGGACCCGUCGAAUCCGGUCACAUCACGUUGAUUGGCGCGACUACAGAGAACCCCUCUUUCAAGGUUCAGAAUGCUUUACUUUCUCGUUGUCGAACUUUUGUCCUAUCUAAGCUCACGAAUGAAGAUAUAUUCAAGAUCCUCGAAAAAGCCGUUGCUCGUGAAGAACAAAAGCAUCAGACACCAGAGCUCAUUGAUACGGAAUUACUUCAGUACCUCGCAGCAUUUUCGGAUGGCGAUGCUCGAACGGCCCUGAAUCUGCUCGAACUUGCCAUGAGCUUCUCAAAUAGGCCGUCUAUGACCAAGGAUGAGCUCAAAUCAUCGUUAACCAAGACGCUAGUCUACGACCGAGCUGGUGAUCAACACUAUGAUACUAUUUCUGCCUUUCACAAAUCUAUUAGAGGUAGUGAUGCGAAUGCAGCACUAUAUUACUUAGCUCGUAUGCUCCAAUCAGGCGAAGAUCCAUUAUAUAUUGCGAGACGAAUUAUUAUCGUCGCUAGUGAAGACGUUGGACUGGCUGACAACAGUAUGUUAGGCCUUGCUACUAGUGCCUACACGGCAGUCGAGAAGAUUGGAAUGCCAGAGUGCCGAAUUCCUUUAGCCCAUGCUACUGUGGCUUUAUGCUUGGCUCCAAAAAGUACACGCUUAUAUCGAGCAUUGAACAAUGCCUUUAUCGCGCUACAAGAACCGGGAGUCGCGGCUCUUCCCAUUCCGACUCACCUUCGUAACGCCCCAACAAAGUUGAUGAAAGAACUUGGCUUCGGCGAUCAGUACAAGUAUAACCCUAAUUACAAAGACGGCAAGGUUCGUCAGGAUUAUAUGCCAACCCAAAUGAUUGGGCGAAGCUUCCUAGAUGACCGCGACCUGGGUACGGAGAUCGAUCCUGAGGCAGAACCCUAG